GCCGCCGCACAGGCGCUGUUGCUCGCUCUCAGCAUGGCAGACGGUGUAGUUGUGGAGCCUUUGCUUCAGUUACUGGAGAAGGCGGAUGGCGGUCUGGACAGUCUGCAAGUGGCAACGGGUUUGCGAGUGGAUCACCAGCUGGUGGUCGGUGCUGUUAAGAGCCUCCAAUCCCUGGGAGAGGUGAUCUCCGCCGAACAGCGCUCCUCAAAACGAUGGGAACUGAGCUGUGAGGGGAAGGAAAUUGCAGAGCAGGGUAGCCAUGAGGCCCGUGUUUUCAACAGCGUGCCGCCGGAGGGACUGGCCCAGAGCCAGCUCAUGAACCUUCCCAGUGGUAAAGUGGGCUUCAGCAAGGCUAUGUCAAACAAAUGGAUCCGACUGGACAAAAAUGCUGAAGGAGGCCCUCGUGUCUACAGGGUGGUGGAAAGUAUCGAGGACCUGGUGCAAAAAAAGCUGUUACUUGCUCAGCAAGGACAAACCGACAGUUUAGAAGAGAAAGAUAAAAACGAGCUGAAGAAGAGAAAACUCCUCAAUGAAGUGAACGUCAAGUCUUACUGGAUCACCAAGGGCAGCGCCUUUAGCACUUCGGUCACCAAGCAGGAGACGGACCUGACUCCCGAAAUGAUCAGCAGUGGUUCCUGGCAUGACAAAAAGUUCAAGCCCUACAACUUUGAGGCACUUGGCAUCAUUCCAGACUGUGGCCACCUGCACCCCCUGAUGAAGGUGCGCACCCAAUUCAGGCAGAUCUUCCUUGAGAUGGGCUUCACAGAAAUGCCAACUAACAACUUCAUCGAAAGCUCCUUCUGGAACUUUGACGCCCUUUUUCAGCCACAGCAACACCCAGCCAGAGACCAGCAUGACACCUUCUUCCUGUCAGACCCUGCUUGUGCCAAUCACUUCCCAGAAGACUACCUGGAGAGAGUUAAGAGGGUCCACUCGGAGGGAGGCUACGGCUCACAGGGGUACAAGUAUGACUGGAAGAUUGAGGAGGCAGCGAAGAAUAUCCUGAGGACUCACACCACCGCUGUGAGCGCAAGGAUGUUGUACCGCCUCGCUCAGCAGGAGGAGUUCACCCCAGUUAAGUACUUCUCGAUAGACCGAGUGUUCCGCAAUGAGACCCUGGAUGCCACUCACCUAGCAGAGUUCCAUCAGAUCGAGGGAGUGGUGGCCGACUACGGACUGACUUUAGGUGAUCUGAUGGGCAUCUUACACCAGUUCUUCACCAAGCUUGGAAUCACAAAACUACGCUUCAAGCCAGCUUAUAACCCGUACACCGAGCCCAGCAUGGAGGUGUUCAGCUACCAUGAAGGCCUCCAAAAGUGGGUCGAAGUGGGAAAUUCCGGAGUCUUCCGUCCAGAGAUGCUUCUGCCAAUGGGCCUUCCAGAAGGGGUCUCGGUGAUCGCCUGGGGACUGUCGCUCGAGCGGCCAACAAUGAUCAAGUAUGGCAUCAACAACAUCAGGGAGCUGGUGGGUCACAAGGUCCACCUGCAGAUGGUCUACGACAGCCCGGUGUGCCGACUCGACUGCUAGUCCUCAGCGGCCCCCCAGGCUGCUCUAUUUAUUGACUGCCCACCCCCCAUCCCGGACCACCACCUCGUCUCUGCUCUCCUGUGCUGCUGUCGGGGGUCAACGUGAGAGGGAAGGGGACAUCCGUCUGUGUGGCGUCGGCCCGUCCAGGCCAAGAACACUUCAUGUUGACGUUCUCAGCGGAGAGACUCUGGGACCCCCCAAGUUGGGUGUCACUGCGCUCGCCCCACC